UCAUCAUUUUCAGUUUCGCUAACUUCCGAGCCGCGCGCAGUGUCAGCAAUAUGUUUAAAAUAAAUUUUCAAAUAUUUGUGCUGAGUUGUUUGUGUUUGAGCUUCUCGUACUGCUGUCGAUUAAGAGUACGACGUCCAUAUCCACUGCUGAUCAAAAAUUUUGGUUCGAAAAAUAUUACCUUUCGUGCCAGUGGAAAGGGAGUUACUCUUAACAAAGGAGAAUCCGUGGAAGUGUAUUGCGGCAGCGGGUUAAAUAUAGAGAAUUCCAAUGGCUACAAACAACUACCAAACAAUCAAUACCAGACGGCAUUAUUGUUUUGUGAUGAAAAUAAUUAUAUCGGAGCGCGGGGAAUCUAUGAAAACAGACACGGGAGCGAAGUUCUAAGUAUAUAUUGUUCAUCGUCAUCUAGUGAAAGCUUAUAUGAAAGCAAAAGGAAGUUGGGCAACUGCGAGGGAUCUAUGAGCUAUGUAAUUGGCGAAAAAAUUCCGUUUUUAGGAACAAUUAAGAAACUGGCAAUGUGCUACGAUAUAGACAACUUUGCAUUGAAAUAUGCAAAUUACAUUGCUUACCAAAAAAAUGACAUUUUAAUUUCUUACGAGGAUAACUUUGAUAAUGAUCUGGAAGUGGACCUCGAACAAAAGGUAGACAAUCUGGAAAACUAUUUCGAUUUCAUGAGUCAAGACUCUUUUAAUAACUCAAGAGAUCGGCAGCAAAACGUCUUCUUCAAUGCUUUCAAAUUCGAUUAUGACUUGAUCAUUCAAGACGAACAGCUGAAUAAGAAGUUCGACAGCUGGAACUACAUGUUGAACACUAUGUGGUGGCGUAAGUUACGUCAAAAUAACUGGCGUUUCUUCCUCGACGCCUUAAAGGAACGCACAAAUUCGGUAAAAUACAGAGUGUAUGUGGGCACUUACGGAAACGCAACUUUGCCAGCAACAGAAAGCUCCAAUGGCCAGCCGGAGGCAGUGGCCGUGCAAACCGAUGGGUUGGCAGUUACGGCGCCAUUGUACAUCUGGGCAUAUUUGAAAUCGCUUUCACCCGGAAACGACGAGGAUUUCGUGGUCUUAGCGCACAAUUCACCCUACAGUCAAUCUCCUGACCACACUGAGUUUUGUGCCAGCGAUUUGUGCGAUGAUAUACAAUGGCUAAAGGACAGCAGAUUCGGACGCCUUCGGCGCAUACCCACUUUUGGAUACACAUUCUGUUGCCGUGCGGAGGAGGUGGCGAAAGUGAUCGAUUACUUUCCUGUGGCUACGCUAGCUAUCGAAACGUCUACCGCAGCUGCUGCAGCGGCUACAUCUCAAUGAUUAUUUUUUAUACUUUUUUAAUAUUUGGACACCAUAAGCCUUAAAUAAAAUUGUGGAUGAUCUAGA